AAAUAAAAACUAAAAAAUAUAAAAACAAAACCCAUCUUUCACUCUCUCUCUCUGGUCUAUUAGAAAUCAAAUCUCUUCUUCUCUCUCUCUAUAGUUCUCUGCAACUCUUUGUCUUAAAGAAGAAGAAACAAUCUCUCUCUAAUCUCUGUCUCUCUCUGUAGGCUGUAGCUUCAAUAGCUUAAAGUAUCAAAGGAAAUUAAAAAACUGCAAUGUUAUUCGGUUUUGUCUCAGACGCCAUGUGACUUCACUGAUUCUUCUGUUCUUCUGCUUUCUUGUCUUCCUUCUCCUCCUCCUCCUGUUUCUGGUUGACUUUACACUUCUCAGCCGAGUCGCUCAUUGGCUCACCGAGUCAACUCGACUCUGCUUCACUGGAAUGGCCUCAUCCUCCCGAGCAAGGAGCAGCUCUCCAUUCUCUAAUCGGAAACCUUCCAGUCCUUACUCUUCCACUUCUUCCACCUCUUCUUACAUCGGCAACAGGUUCGUUCCCCGUUCCUGCUCGUCUUCUGCUUCUUCUUCGUUUUUCAACUCUGGUGGCGGACGAUCCAUGACGCCCAGUCGGUCGGGCUCCGAUUCAAUGUAUUACGGUCCUCGCGGUUACUGUGGUCGUGCUCCUGUUGCGUUUGGUUCUGAGGAAUUGAUUCCCGAGCUGGUCGAUGUGCCGAGGAAUGGGGAUAGUAUAUCCGUGACGAUUCGGUUUAGACCGUUGAACGAGAGAGAGUUCCAGAGAGGGGAUGAGAUCGCUUGGUAUGCGGAUGGAGAUAAGAUCGUUAGAAAUGAGUAUAAUACGGCUACGGCUUAUGCAUUUGAUAGAGUAUUUGGACAGCACACGACUUCUCAAGAGGUAUAUGACGUUGCUGCCAAACCAGUAGUCAAGGCUGCAAUGGAAGGUGUUAAUGGAACUGUCUUUGCUUAUGGUGUCACUAGCAGCGGAAAGACACACACUAUGCAUGGAGAUCAAAAUUCUCCUGGUAUCAUACCAUUAGCCAUAAAGGAUGUUUUCAGCAUUAUUCAAGAUACUCCAGGAAGAGAGUUCUUAUUGCGUGUGUCUUAUCUUGAAAUUUACAAUGAGGUGAUCAAUGACUUGCUUGAUCCAAUUGGUCAAAAUUUGCGUGUUAGAGAAGAUGCACAGGGCACUUAUGUUGAGGGUAUUAAGGAAGAAGUGGUUUUGUCUCCUGGGCAUGCACUUUCUUUCAUUGCUGCUGGAGAAGAGCAUCGUCAUGUUGGUUCAAAUAACUUUAAUCUGUUGAGUAGCAGAAGCCACACCAUAUUUUCGCUGAUGAUUGAAAGCAGUGCCCUUGGUGAUGAGUACGAUGGAGUGAUCUUCUCUCAACUUAAUUUGAUUGAUCUAGCUGGAUCUGAGAGUUCAAAAACCGAAACAACUGGACUAAGGAGAAAGGAGGGGUCUUACAUAAACAAAAGCCUUCUAACUCUUGGAACUGUAAUUGGAAAGUUGAGCGAAGGGAAGGCAUCCCACGUUCCUUAUCGAGAUUCAAAACUUACCCGUCUUCUGCAGUCUUCAUUGAGUGGGCAUGGACAUGUUUCACUUAUUUGUACGGUCAAUCCUGCAUCUAGCAAUAUGGAGGAAACACAUAAUACAUUGAAGUUUGCUAGCAGGGCAAAGAGAGUUGAAAUCUAUGCCUCUCGUAAUAAGAUUAUUGAUGAAAAAUCGUUAAUUAAGAAAUAUCAAAGAGAAAUCUCAAGCCUCAAGCUGGAACUUGAUCAAUUAAAGAAGGGGAUGAUUGUUGCUGUCAAUCAUGAGGAGAUUCUGAGCUUAAGGCAACAGUUGGAAGAAGGUCAAGUGAAGAUGCAAUCAAGAUUGGAGGAAGAAGAAGAAGCCAAGGCCGCUCUUAUGAGUCGAAUCCAGAGGCUAACCAAGCUCAUACUUGUUUCUACAAAGAAUACAAUUCCUGGAUUAACAAGUGAUGGUGCUAGUCAUCAGCGGAGUCACUCUGUUGGGGAGGAUGAUAAACUGGAUGUUUUGAGGGAGGGUGCUUUACUUCUAGAAAAUGAGAAUCAGAAGGACUCUUUGUCUUCCGCUUCUCUGGUUCCAUUGGAUGCAUCUCAGGAAUUCAAACACAGGAGAUCUUCCAGCAAGUGGAGUGAAGAACUCUCACCUGUUUGCAGUACAAUUACCGAAUCAAGUCAAGUGGGUGAACUUAUAAGUGCUUCAAAACUACCUGCAGGUGCAAUGACACAAGAUCAGAUGGACCUUCUUGUCGAGCAGGUAAAGAUGCUUGCGGGAGAGAUUGCAUUCAGCACUAGUACCCUUAAGCGUCUUGUGGAGCAGUCCGUGAAUGAUCCAGAUAGCUCAAAAGCUCAAAUCCAGAACUUGGAACGUGAGAUCCAGGAGAAGAGGAGACAAAUGAGAGUUUUAGAGCAACGAAUCAUUGAGAGUGGUGAGGCUUCAAUUUCUAAUUCAUCACUGGUUGAUAUGCAGCAGACAGUCAUGAGGCUGAUGACCCAAUGUAAUGAAAAGUCUUUUGAGCUGGAGAUAAAGUCAGCAGAUAACCGUGUCCUUCAGGAACAACUGCAGACAAAGUGUUCUGAGAACAAGGAAUUGCAAGGAAAAGUAAAUAUCCUGGAGCAGCAGUUGGCUUCACUCUCUGGUGAUAAAACAUCGCUUACUUCUGAACAUGCUGUGCCUGAGGAAUAUGUUGAUGAAUUGAAAAAGAAAGUUCAGUCGCAGCAGGAAAUUGAGAAUGAAAAACUAAAGAUAGAACAGGUUCAGCUUUCUGAGGAGAAUAGUGGGUUACGGGUCCAAAAUCAGAAACUGGCUGAAGAAGCUUCUUAUGCGAAGGAGCUGGCCUCUGCUGCUGCAGUUGAGCUGAAGAACUUGGCUGGUGAGGUGACCAAGCUUUCAUUACAGAAUGCAAAAUUAGAAAAGGAAUUGUUGGCUGCUCGAGAGUCCAUGCACUCUAGAGGUGCUGGCAUGCAAAACAUUAAUGGCGUUAACCGUAAGCAUAGUGAUGGCAUGAGACCAGGAAGGAGGGGACGGUUCAGUGGCAGAGGAAAUGAAAUUUCAGGAAUGCACUCUGAUGACUUUGACUCUUGGAACUUUGAUCCAGAAGAUUUAAAGAUGGAGUUGCAAGCAAGGAAACAACGGGAGGCAGCUCUUGAGACAGCCUUAGCUGAAAAAGAGUUCAUAGAGGAGGAAUACAGGAAGAAGGCUGAAGAUGCAAAGAGAAGGGAGAAGGCACUGGAAAAUGAUUUAGCAAACAUGUGGGUCCUUGUUGCUAAGUUAAAGAAAGAGGGGGGAUCAGCCCCUGUGGUGAAUACUGAUGAGGGGCAUAGUGAUGGAAUAGAUGCAAGUGAACCAAAAAUUAAUGAGGUUGAUCAAAAUAAUGUCCUUAAAGAGAGACAAGUUUCUGAUGCAUCAAAACCACCUGAUGAAAAUCCCAAGGAGGAGCCUCUGGUUGUUCGGUUAAAGGCACGAAUGCAGGAGAUGAAGGAAAAGGAGCUCAAAUGCCUAGGCAAUGGAGACGCCAAUUCACAUAUGUGUAAAGUAUGUUUUGAAUCAGCAACAGCUGCAAUUCUUCUCCCCUGCCGGCAUUUUUGUUUGUGUAAAUCUUGUUCGCUAGCUUGUUCUGAGUGUCCAAUUUGUCGCACAAAGAUUGCAGAUAGGCUUUUUGCGUUUACUUCAUGACAUUGCAGUUUAUGCCCACCAAAUGAGGGCUUGCCAAUGUUUCCCUGUUGGCAAUAUUCAAUGCAAUGGCAGGUGCAAUUCUUUCAUUUGUUUGAUGUAUGUAAUUGUCCAAAAGGUAUAUCGAUAUAUUGUAUUGUUCAUCUCCCUCUGUGGCUGUAAAAUAAUAUUGUGAUUAAAGGUUUUAACAGAAAAAUGGUACAUUCCAAAGCACAGCUUUGAGACGUUGCCUUGUUUUUAAACACGCAGCAGAAUGCUGUGAUCUGUUUCAAUGUGUAUAGAAACAAUAUAUGCUUCCAUGAGAAGCAUUUUUUUAACUCUUCAAUCUGAGCAAAUAUUAGUUCCUUGGUCUA